AUGGUUGCUGCCAUCAUCGGCCUCCUAUGCGUGUACGUGAGCUGCCAGAAUAUUCCCAUACGGAUAGUGGAGGACGAAACCGACACUCUGACAAUUAGUGACAUGGGAGAUGGCACCGAAGGUCACUGUGGAAGGGACGUAAUGGAAAAGUAUGAGCCGCCGAAGUUUUGCGGCAUCAGCGACCCUGGCGACUGUGCCAUGAAGUACAACGGCAAGGAUAAGGACAUCUUCGCCGGCUUCGGAGACUUCCCCUGGAUGGUGGCUCUACUCAACAGGACUGACGAGACCGAAUGGGUGAACACGGAUUACAUAGGGGGUGGAAGCAUCAUCCACCCAUCCGUAGUCAUAACAGCUGCACACAAAGUCGAAAACAGGAAACCAGAAGAGAUUAAAUGCAGAGCCGGCGAAUGGGACACUGAUAACAAAAAAGAAAACCUCCCACACCAAGACAGAUUUGUGAAGAAAAUUGUUAUCCACAAAGAUUACAAUACAUCGGAUUCAUACAACGACGUAGCGCUGUUGUUCCUCAGCGAGCCCUUCACCCUGGCGCCCCACGUGGGCGUCGCGUGCCUCGGCACCGACAUGCCGGCCCCGGGCACUGAGUGCUACAGCAUGGGCUGGGGCGGGGACACCCAACGAGACCAAGAAUACUUCACUAUUCUGAAGAAGGUUACUCUGAAGUUGGUCGAGGAUGGCGAGUGCGAGAAGACAUACCAGAGGGAACUGGAGAACGAGGACUUCACCCUCCAUGACUCCCUGACGUGCGCCGCCAGCAAGGGGGACUUGGACACGUGCGUCGGUGACGGCGGAUCGCCUCUAGUUUGUCCCGUAAAGGGAUGCGGCGAGGGCCACAGGUACGCCAUAUACGGCCUGGUGGCUUACGGCAUGGGGUGCGGGGAGCAGGACAUCCCCGGGGUGUACGUGAACAUCCCCCGCAUGCACCCCUGGGUCAAGGAGCAGAUGGACGCCGAGGGCAUCAAGGAUUAUAGCUUCGAUGUUUAAGUUUAAUAAAUUAAGCCUCCAGUACA